AUGUAUAGAAAGCUACUGUGUUCAGCCAUUGCGACGGUACUUUUGUUCGGGCACUCAACCGCCUUCUCUACGCGGCCUUUCAUAAGCACUAAGACCAUAGGCACGUCUAGCCUAGCUUUAUUUUUCAGCAGCAUCUGGGGUCCAUCCGAGCUCUGCGGAAAAACAAGUGGUUUAAAAUGGCCGAUUGCAAGAAACCUUUCGGUUUCUAGUGGUUCAGCCCAUGGAAAUUGGAUUGUGCUCAGUCCGUUUAAUCUUACUGCUUCUGACCGAGCCAUACACCUUUACGUGCGCCAUGGUGUUCCUUCUGCUCGAAUAGUGCGGGGUACUUCAUCAAUUGAGCAAGCACAUACCAAGCAGUUAAUGAGCAAGCGGACGUCCGAUGCUAAUGCUCAGACCGACCCCCAAACCAUUGAGACUAUCUUUAAACUUUGCGAGGAAAGCCCCGGCCAUGACAGUUGGGCAGGGAAACUGUUGGACAAAAUCGACCUCUCGACCUCCAAACUCAGUAUGAAUGUGCUGCCACACCGAGCACUAAUCCGAGAAACCUUUAGAUGCAUGCUUUUGCACUCUCAAGGAGCCAUCGAGUCAUCCUUAGAAAAACUACAAGUCGGAAUUGCUACUACUGAGAAGGAAACUAAGUUUCACAAUAUGAUCGAUAGUAUCUUAGAAAGAGCAAACCUAAGUAACCUUGAGGUUUUGCUUAAUAAUCUCGAAGAAAAGUAUCCCUUAGCUCUUUCUUGCCAUUGCAAAGUCUACAUUCGGGACAUGUACAAAAGAAUCCAAACCCAGCACAUGACUAUCAUUGCUAACUGUGUAGGUAGUACUUUAUCCCCAGAUGCGUUGACUAGUGUCCAGGCGCUCAAACAAGUUGUGGGCCACAUCAACAACGCUAUUAGCAAGACGUCAUCUGAGGAGUAUCUCAAAGACCUUGAACAAACCAAGGAAGUUCUGUAUACCACCAUUGGUGCUGCUUACCUACUCCAAAGAACCCAAAAGCACCUUUCCCAUGCCAACGUCACCGAAGCUGAUGAUUCUGAAAUCUCCAAACACCUAUACGAGGCACAAGGUCUACACAUCCGUAACAUCACCGAACAAAAUGUUAACGCCGUGACUCUUGAUAAAGACACCCUUAUUGGCCAUCAGCAACGGAGCUACUUUAGCGGUCGUGUGCUGAUACCACAGCCAGCCAUUAUCGACACCUCUAGCUCUAUGGAGUUCCAUCCCAAAGACUUACUGCCCUCAAGGUUUAGGCCUGUGAACAUCUCUAAUGAACCUUUGUAUAAGAUCUUUGCCCAGGAUAUUUCCGACAACGUUAUGAAUAGCCUGAAACAGCUCAGCCCCGUGGUAAUGACCCAUCUAGUGAAUGUAGCCAACAAGAUCCAGACCAGCAAUGGCCUUGCAACUUUACCAGGCAGCCCCUCACCUAUACCUAAGCACCCGCUUAAUAUCAUAACAACUUGGCUGUCGCAGGAAAUUUCCAAUCUCUACCAAACCAGUUUGGUAACUUUUGACCCAUUGUUACAGCUGAAAGAUGUUGUUGCUCUUAAUGUUAGCCCUAGCUUUAACAUUCACUGCACGAGUGUCUCCAACCAAUCCAUCGAUGUAAACGUUAGCUUCUUCCAUCCUCUAUCCUUGCACGCAAUUUCCAGCAUGAAAUGCAGUAUUCCUUGCAACCAUUCUCUGCAGCACAGCCCUCUUACUGUUGUCUGGGAGAAAAUAUCACUUAAUGACGCAAAGAUGAAGGCAAUCAAUGAGAACAUUAACCUUGGCACCCAAGAAAGCAACCGUAGGCUUAAUUACCUUCACCGCGUGUUUGAUAGCAUAGCUAAUGACAUUGAAAGUAACAAACAGACCCAUAGCGUCGCAGACAUUCUAAACGGCCAUUUGAAUAGUGCAACUGGUACCCACAACAACACUAACUGUGCUUCAAAGAUUAGCCUAGCGAUGGUCCUAAAGAACGUUCUUGGCCUUCUACCAUUAGACAAUCUUGUUUCUCUUGAGGAGAUACCUUACACGGGACAAACCUUCAAGGUUAUUGAAUCUGUUCUAGGAGUCAUUGGCUAUCUUAAUGCCGCGGGCAUAGACAGCAAUAGUCUUUUCAUUCUGCUCGAGACCGAUGAUAUGUCGCAAAAAGAAACCAUCCAACGGUUCUUCGUUGCCCUUAAGAACGCUUUUGAUGCUCUCCUGACAACAAACACCAGAGUUUACAACAAUGCCCACCCUAGCGGCCUGUGCAUAGACUUUAACAUGCAACGCGCAGAGCUUACUAAGAGCAUUCUCGAAGAAGCCAAGCAGACAAGCUACUACCACAACACUCGCCAGAUCUUCCCCCGCCUAACUAACCAGAGUGGCCUAAACUUGAUUCCCACCCAAACCACGCCUAUUUCAUACACAGUCAAUGUCUUCGCAGAAAACCCCAGUGCUAAAUCCAUCUUCACCAACGAGCUUAGCAACGAUAUAGUCCUGAGACACCAUGGAUACUUAACAAAGAGCCUCCAAGACCCUUUGUCGGCAAUCUUUGGAGACAAUAUCUCCAGGCCACAGCAAAUGCUUGUUUCUUCUCUUUUAGAGAUUUCUCUUGUUGCCCCACAGCCCAUCCAACCUUUGCUGGACUUUGUUCUCAACAAACUGUUGUUAGCCAAUGCCAACAUUCGACUGGCCGAGGCUACCAACCCUUAA